GUCUGUGCUGACAGGCAACAUGGCGUUCAGUUUUGGCGGCCCUGCGACCAACACAGCGGCAAACACAUCCGGGUUUUCUUUUGGUUCAUUUGGAGCCAAAACGACAGCAUCAACCACAUUUGGCUUUGGCGCUGCAGCCACUACUACCACCACUGCCUCAUCUGGAUUUGGCACUCUUACAGCCCCUGGUUUUGGGGCGACCACCACCACUGCGGCUGCACCAGCCACAGGAUUUAGUUUUGGCUCCACCAACACUGGUGCUUUUGGUGGCUUUGGGACGACUACUACUACUGCCACUGCUCCUGGGUCCACCUUUAGCUUUGCAGCUCCUUCCAAUACCACAGGAGGCCUGUUUGGUAACACCCAGAACAAAGGCUUUGGGUUCUCCUCUGGACUCGGCACUGGGACCGCCACUGGGACAACAGGGUUUGGAACUGGGUUAGGAACAACCAGCCUGGGUGGAGGCUUUGCAUGCUUUAAUAUCCAGCAGCCUCAGCAACAGCAAGGGGGCUUGUUUGGUCAGCAGGCCCAGCAGCCAGGUCAGCCUCAGCCCACCCAGCUUUACCAGCAGGUCACAGCUCUGUCAGCUCCCACCUUAUUAGGGGAUGAGCGUGACUCCAUCUUAGCCAAAUGGAACCAGCUCCAGGCUUACUGGGGCACCGGAAAGGGCUACUACAGCAACAACACCCCACCUGUAGACUUUACCCUUGAGAAUCCAUUCUGCAGGUUUAAGGCGGUGGGCUAUAGCUGUGCUCCAGUGAGUAAGGAUGAGGAUGGUUUAGUGGUUCUAGUUCUGAAUAAAAAGGAAGCUGAUGUUCGAGCUCAGCAGCAACAGCUGGUGGAGUCACUUCACAAGAUUCUUGGAAACAACCAGUCCCUCACUGUCAAUGUAGAUGGGGUCAAACCUCUUCCCAGUGACCAGACGGAGGUGAUCAUUUAUCUCGUGGAGCGUUCACCUAAUGGCACCUCAAAGCGAAUUCCAGCCUCCACCCUUCUCAGUUAUCUGGAGCAGGCCCACAUUAAGAAUCAGCUCACACAGAUUGGAGUUGCCAUGUCCGUCACACGCACAGAGCUGUCUCCGGCACAGCUCAAACAGCUGCUGCAAAAUGCACCUGCAGGAGUGGACCCCAUAAUCUGGGAGCAGGCUAAAGUGGACAACCCAGACCCUGAGAAAUUGAUCCCAGUGCCCAUGGUGGGGUUUAAAGAACUGCUCUGCCGGCUGCAAAUCCAGGAACAGAUGACCAAACAGCACCAGACCAGGGUGGAUAUCAUCUCAAAUGACAUCAGUGAGCUGCAGAAAAAUCAGGCGACCACGGUGGCAAAGAUCGCCCAAUACAAGAGGAAGCUGAUGGAUCUCUCCCACCGGGUGCUGCAGGUGUUGAUCAAACAGGAGAUUCAGAGGAAAAGUGGUUAUGCUAUCCAAGUGGAUGAGGAGCACCUCAGGGUGCAGCUGGACACCAUUCAGUCAGAGCUCAAUGCCCCCACACAGUUCAAGGGUCGGUUGAAUGAAUUGAUGUCUCAAAUCCGCAUGCAGAAUCACUUUGGAGCUGUCAGAUCAGAAGAGCGCUACAGCGUUGAUGCAGACCUUCUCAGAGAAAUUAAACAACACUUAAAACAGCAGCAGGAGGGUUUAAGUCAUUUGAUCAGUGUCAUCAAAGACGACUUGGAAGACAUCAAACUCAUAGAGCACGGGCUGAGCGACAGUGGACACAUGAGAGGAGGCAUCCUGAGCUGAGUUUAUCCUACAUAGAAACACGCUCACAUGCUUGGACUCUUGGUAGCAGUCCUCCUAAAAAGCACCAUGCCCCUCAUCCACACAAGGAAAACACCUCUCUGGUCAUGGUAUUAAAAUAAUCUCAACAACAACUUGCUAAUCUGCUCUUUCUAGACUGAAAUCUUCAUGGAAAGACUCUCUAAUAACAGCUGGCUUACACUAUAAUAAAUCAGAUUAAAAAAGUUGGACUAUGAAUGUAUCAAGCAUGUUAACAAGUCAUUGAGUUGAGUGUGUCAGUAUUGAUAAUUUGUAAAUACAUUUUGUAUUUCUUUUUUAUGCUGUUGUUGGAAUAUAAAUAAAUUUCAUUUAAUCUGAAAA